GUAAAGAUAAAGGCGAUUCAUUCACACAUAAAUAGUUGACUUCAUAGGAUUCGUUGUGCACACCCUACGGAACUUGACCAGCUGUUUUCCUGUAGCAUGUGAGCCAUUUCAGUAACCUAUACGCAUAUAAGAGCUGUUUAGGAAGUAGGCAUGGAUUGUCUUCCAACGUCGUUUGAAGUUUGUGUUACUCGUUCACGGAAGGCCGCUGUCAACGCUCAGGAUAGGUUAAACGACUACAUUAAAGCAAAGUCCUUGGUUUGCGUCGAGCUAUAUCGGACGGCUGUCUUUAUAUCAAGCCAGAGGAGGGGAACGACUCUCCAAUUUGAAGGCUGGCAGGCAGAUGUCCCCGGCAAUGCCAGCCCAAGCACUCUAUACAAUCUAAAAUUUAAAAAGAAGGGCUUUGAGGAAUGCUCCUUGGUGGAGCUCCUAGGGUCCCAAAUCAGCAACCUCGAUUCCUUUAGAUCCGUUCUCCACAAGGGCGCAGACGUGUUUGUGCAAAAAUGUUUGGAAGACAAAGGAAUUUACUCCCCAUCAGCUCAGCUGAACUACGUAACCUACCUUGCGGAGGUGACACGUCCAAGGGGUCAUGAGAUAGGCACUGCAGGUGGCUAUUUCUGGCUACAGAAACCCUGGCUCAAGAAAAAGAAGGAGCUGGAGAAUGCUUUUGCAGCAGGCAGCCAGACAGCUCAGGCAGUCAGCAGUGUUCAGAAUAGGCGUUUUAUUCCCACAGCUUCGCGCACUCUUCAGGCGCAAACUGGCCUAGGCUCACUGGGUGGUGCCUCCAGCAGUAUGCACGUUGCAGCGGCUGCACCCUCCACACGAUUGGUGCCUUGGCAAGCCUCGGGGCACAACACCUUGGCCAGUGAGGCAAGCCCCAGCCAACGUACAGCUGGCCUAAGCAGCUGCACAAGCCCUGUACUGUUAAGUGAGGAAGCACAAGGCUCCGCCGAGGGAGACUGGGGGGCUGAUCUCCAGGGCCAGCGGUUAAUGAGCUUAUUUGAGAUGGAGCCAGAUGAAGAACGCCUUGGCGAUAGGGAGGCCUCGCCACUCACCAGAAGUCCCAGCUGGGAGGCCUCCCCUCGCGCGGAUGGACUUCUCAGCGGCAGUCCUCAGGGCGGUGCAGGCAACUCGACGGCAAGGAGUCCCCGCUCAGAGGCCUCCCCUCGCGCGGGUGGACUCCUUAGUGGCCGUUCGCAGGGCGGUGCAGGCAACUCGUCGGCAAGGAGUCCCCGCUCAGAGGCCUCCCCUCGCGCGAAUGGACUUCUCAGCGGCAGUCCUCAGGGCGGUGCAGGCAACUCGACGGCAAGGAGUCCCCGCUCAGAGGCCCCCCCUCGCGCGGAUGGACUCCUUAGCGGCAGUCCUCAGGGCGGUGCAGGCAACUCGUCCGCCAGGAGUCCCCGCUCAGAGGCCUCCCCUCGCGCGGAUGGACUCCUUAGUGGCCGUUCGCAGGGCAGUGCAGGCAACUCGUCGGCCAGGAGUCCCCGCUCAGAGCACCAGCAGGCCCCCCCUCGCGCGGAUGGACUCCUUAGUGGCCGUUCGCAGGGCGGUGCAGGCAACUCGUCGGCCAGGAGUCCCCGCUCAGAGGCCUCCCCUCGCGCCGAUGGACUCCUUAGCGGCAGUCCUCAGGGCGGUGCAGGCAACUCGUCGGCCAGGAGUCCCCGCUCAGAGGCCUCCCCUCGUUCAGCUGCCGCUUUUGGCGGCUGCAAGCGGCCUGUACCUAUGCUGUCACUGGGGACCGAGCACAAACUCCAAGGCGGGGGUUUGCGCUACCAUGGCGGCCGUCCGCAUAACAAGAAGGCUAAGCGGCAAUGUGUUCCGGCAAAAGGCCCUUCUGUUGACACCGCAAUGGAGGAGGCUCUCGACGAGGUUGAGGAGAUCACGACCAUUAGCAAGCUGGUAUUCACCGUCGACUCCCCCGCUGCUGUCCCAAAAGCCAUUAACGAUUCUGGCGUUGCCAUCCUCCAUGACUCGGACAUCUGCAAGACAGUCACCCCUGAAGCAGUUGAGCGAGCAUUGCAACACGGGAGAAAGUCUGAAGCCAUCUUCCAGGGCAUUGCGCAAAAGCGGAAUGGGGAGUUCGUGCCGGAGCGCGACCACAAGGGGAAACCCACUGGCUAUCUGAUGUCCACGUACGGAUCUCGACAGCGGCAGCAGUGCCCUAUCGACCCUGACAACCCUGACGAUGCCGAUGUGCUGGCAGAUUUCCGCGGUCUGGUGGAGCCCAAGAUCAAGGAGGCUAUGGCAGGAAUGGGUGAUGCCAACCUCAAGCUCUACCCUCCCAGCAUCCUGCUAAAUACCCAAUCCGAGAGGCAAAAGCCUGUGGCACGACAGGGCAACCACACGGACCUGGCUAAAGGGCAAAAGGGCGGUGUUGUAAUAGCGGCGGUGCAGAAGAUGCGGCUCCUGCUGUACCCAGACAGCAACCGCGUGCUGGCACGGUAUUGGCAGCUGGAGGAGCUCGUUGACAGCGGCGUGAUUACGGAGGAGGACUUGCUGGCGUGGGUCCAGAUGCGCAAGUUCAAAGCAGUUAGGGUAGAGCUUGACGCUGGCGACAUCAUCUUCCUAGAUGGCCAUACAGUGCAUGCGGGUGACUGCGGUAUGGACGACUACCCUUCACUCCGUCUACACUGGUACUUCCUGGACGGCCAGAAGGAGAACGAGACCACGCACCUUAUCGUGUAUGGUGACGCCUUUGCUGCGCAGUUUGGAUAGUACAGGAGCAGAGCCACUGCUGGGCACUUUUGUCGACGGUGGCCCAUGGGGCAUACAAGGGCGGGGGUCGUUGACAUGCAUCUCUGCAGCUUUUUGCUACUAUGUUGGGUACCGGGACCUGUGCAUUUGCGGGUGAUAAAGGCAGCGUAUGUUAACAUGACGGGAGGGCAAGCAUGUGAAAGUUAACGUCGUGACUUAGUUAUGGUUUUCCAGGCCUGUGGCUUUGGUCAAUUGAUGAGCAACAGGCUCCUUUCCAGCCCUCCUAGCACAUUGUGUUUCGUGCCGUUUAUAUGUUAUGGCUUUCUGUUGUUGCUGUCCACCUACGCUUUGCUUGUUGCGACGGGUAUGGCAGCCUUGCGUGCAAUGUGAUACACAGUCGAGGGUUCCGAAGAUGUGGACACUUGUGACGGUGGCCCAUGGGACAUACCGGGGCGGGGGUCGUUGACAUGCAUCUCUGCAGCUUUUUACUUCCAUGUUGGGUACGGGGCCUGUGCAUUUGCGGUGGUAAAGGCAGCGUAUGAUAACGUGACGGGAGGGCAAGCAUGUGGAAGUUGCCGUUGUGACUUAGUUAUGAUUUUCCAGGCCUGUGGCUUUGGUCGAUUGAUGACCAGCAGGCUCCUUUCCAGCCCUCCAAGCACAUUGUGUUUCGUGCCGUUUAUAUGUUAUGGCUCUCUGUUGUUGCUGUCCACCUACGCUUUGCUUGUUGCGACGGGUAUGGCAGCCUUGCGUGCAAUGUGAUACACAGUCGAGGGUUCCGAGGAUGUGAACACUUGUGCUUCUACAGGGGGCGCUCCGACAGGUGGGCUGUAUCGGCAUGUAGCAUUGUCGCUAUGUGCGAGGCCGUGUUGAGUUCAUUGGUAGCCUUCUCAUCGGGGGUAGCAUGCCGGACUGUCCAAUUUUACAGAACCCUGAGGGAAUUCCUGUCACUAAAGCCCCGCUCGUUUGCUGGUUGAAGUUUUGUUUGGCUAAACAUUGUUGGCGCCUCUAAAUAGGGUGCCAAAAGCCUGGAUGGAGUGCGCACUCCACAUGCCUUGUUCUCGAUCCUUCCACGUACUCCUAGUUGUUCAGGCGCUCAAUGAGGGCCCUCACACAAUUAAAGAUUCCAAGUCCACAGGACACGUCUUGUUCGGAUAAAGCGCUUUCCGUACAAGGUUACUUUCCACCAUAUUGAACCACAUCAGCUGCUCUCCUUGGCUCAUUAGGAUGAUUCCCAUCUUUGUAACAUUGAGUAUAAAGCUGCAUACCAGGCUUGUUUACACGUUCGUCGUCUCAACAGUCGUCCAACCUCCUUUCGGGCUGCUUGCCAGCAUCUUUCACUCACUUGAUUACCUCAACUCAUUCAGCAUUGAUGGCAGCGCUUAUCGCAGCGCCCAAACAUACUCUUUUCCUGAGACACGGGUUUACAGCAUUAUGUCAGAAUACCAAAACGUGUGAUAGCUUCCAUAGCGGCAAUGCUGAAAAUGCCAAGAAGCCUGCUCUUACGCUCCACGGCACAUGCCAGGGCACAAAGGGCGGCCAGACAUCCUGCCCGCCAUGUUACCUUUGCCCGCAUGAAGCCUGCCGUGAGCAGUGGAGCCGGGUUGGAACUAAAACCCCGUUUUGCUCAAAUGCCUGCCUUGCGGCGCAUUUCAAGAUUCACCAUGGGUUCGACGCCUCGGCCCUGGUAGAGUACCUGUCUCCCGAGUACGCCGCCUUGAUGUAUGCAGACCUUGUCGACUUUAUGAACGACCCCGCUUGGAAGGGGAAGGGGACCCCUUCCAAGUACGAGGAGUACUUCAACAGCUUGAUGGAAGCCAUUGCGGAGAAGUACCCAAACACGCAGCAGCUGGCGGGCGCACAUGACAGGAUGUCCAGCGCUGUACUGGACGAGCUGGGACUGCCAUGCCACACGCCGGGUCCGUUGCUACCACCGUAUACGGUAGAUGACCCCCUCAGCCACCUCCGCAGGAUGGUCGCCGAGAACACCCUCCAGGCGCAUGUCCAUACACUCCGGAAGGAGGUAUCCGACGUGGACCAGGCAGCGGCUGAUAGCCUGAAGCAGGAUGCGGUGGCUGUCGCCACUGCAGCUGCCUGGUACCUUGGCGGGCGUGAGGGCACCUUGGGCUUGAUGAACGUUCCCUCCGCAACGAGCUACACCAAUUCAGCCGGGGGCAAUACCACGUUUACAUGCCAAACCUGCCAUAGUCUCCUGAACUUCACUGCUUAUGGGGUGCUUCCUGCCGGUGAAGCAAGCAAGUUAAAGGAGUCUUUCCCUGAGUUCUACUGCACCCGUGGUUGCCUGCCUCCGCGCCACAUGGACUCUGCAAAGCUCUACCGCCUUCUUGAGAUGGAGACGUGCCAACAAGCCUACAAGCUCGUAAAUUGGCUGCACGUCGAGGGCAUGCCACCAUACAUACCUUUGAGCUCAACCAACCCGUACAAGACGACACUCACACAACAGCUGCCCAGUGGUCAGCUUGACCGCCUCGACCCGCCCUUCGACGUGCAGACAGGGAGGCCGCCGCUGGUUACUAAGGACUGGCUUACGGCAGAGCUUGGGCGCAACCAUGCCUGCACAGGUCUUACAAGUGUGGAGAACUGCGUUGCAGCAGUGUUCGCACCCAAGAACAAGUCAUACCGCCUUGUCAAUCUGAACGUCCCCAGCGGCUCUAGCUCCUGGCUUUACGACAUCCGGGUUGCGGCAGUCAACCCCGGGGACUUCUUGGGCACGUCAUCCAACGUCAAUUUGCGGGACAGCACCCUGGUGCUGUGUGGGGCGAAAGGUACGGGAACGGCGUGCCACAUGGACCGCACGGAGGCGUUCAACGUGUUGUUCGCCCCUGAGCGGGAGGACGUGGAUGCGUCAAAGCCGUGCGCGCUGUGGACAUUUGUACGCCCAAGUGCCAUUGGGGCGUUUGGUGAUUUCCUCAGCAAGCACCCUGCAUCGCCCGGCGUCGACAAAAGCGCAAAGAAGGACAAGAAGGACAGCAGUGUCGUCGAGUGGGAACUACUGGCUGCAGCAACCUUGAAGGAGAAACGGCUGUCACCUGAUGGCUCCCGCAAUGCAUUUCACGGUGGGCCUCUUGUGGAUGGGGGCAGUGCGAACGUGUUCCGGCCAUUCGUGCGUGACGUGAACGAGUUGAGGGCGGCUCUAGGGGAGAAUAACGUGGUGGUGAUUGAGCAGUACCAUGGUGAUGUCGUGCACGUGCCGGCAGGAUGGAUACAUCAGGUGGAAAACGUGCAGGCCUGCCUGAAGCUUGCCUGGGAUACUCUCAACCCCCGGCGUUUGGUGCAUUACUUUGGAGUGCAACGCCUGGUGGUGCACCACGGGCUGUGGGGCUAUAGCCCUGAAGACUACAUGGCGAUAGAGGCUGUACUUGCAAAGGCCAUUCCAGAGAUCAUGAGGCAUGUCCAAUCAAAGUGAGGGGUGUAGGUACUUUGCACUGUCAAAGGGCCCCGUGGACAGCACAAUCGCUUGUAGGUAAUUGUGUGGGUGUUGUUUGGGAUGUACAGACGCAGUCUUAGGCUUAGCUUUACUCCGGGUGCCUGCUGCAUCCGAUUGGCAGCGGGUGCGUUGGGAUGGGAGGGGACUGCUGUACGGACCGGAAAGGUGGCGUUCUCAAGGCUGCAGCCAGCUAGGGGGCUGCAGGCUUAGCUUUUCACCGGGUGACUGCUUUUCCUUUAAGAAUGCUGGCAGCGUUUGCGUUGUGAUGGGAGGGGACUGCUCGCCGUACGGACUGGAAGGGUGGAGUCGGACUGGAAGGGUGGAAUCCUCAAGGCUUUAGGGCUGAAUUGUAACUGCUGGGUUUUAUUGCUAAAGCGUGCGCGUGUGUUUGCUGCAAGAAUGCUGGCAGCGUUUGCGUUGUGAUGGGAGGGGACUGCUUGCCAUACGGACUGGAAGGGUGGAGUCCUCAAGGCUUUAGGGCUGAAUUGUAACUGCUGGG